AUGGUCUCAAGACUUGUAACAUCCCUGAUUAGUAGUCACGGUACAACGAUGUCACAAAAUUUAGUUUACUAUUCUCUAUUAUUUUGUUGUCUAUUUUCUUUACUAAAUGCAGAUGCAACAGAAUCUCUUAAUUUACUUGUACGUUUAAAAUCGUCAAAUACAAAUCGCUAUUGUCUUCAAAUGGUACUGUUACCAAAAAUAAUUACUGUAAAACAGUUCGGCUGGUAUAAUUUUUAUUAUGCACCAAUAAUAAAUGGUUGUGAUAAAACAAAUAUUUCAUCAAUAUCUUUAUUACCAAUAACAAAUAAUACCAUGUUAGUCGUUAAACAUAAUGCAAAUUGUUCAUUUGCCGAGCAAUCGUACAAUUUUCAGUUAAUAUUUGGAGAUGAAAUCAGCUUAUUAUAUAUAAGUGCUAUUCCAUAUACAACUAUUUCAUCAUUAACAACAAAUAAAACGAUUCCAGUAACAAUUCCCGUUUUACUCAUCAGACAAUCUGAAUUUCAUGAAUUAAUUAAAAAUAAUAUAACAAAUAAAAUUGAACAAGUUUCAAUUGAUUUUCCAUUGCCUCAAUUACGUUUUAAUGUGGUGGUGAUACUAAUGUAUAUUUUAAUUAUUUUGGUGCUUUUUGCGGGUACUAUGUGGGCAGGAGAUGAAUUUAUUCAAAAAAUUGGAAAACAUGCCAUUCAUUAUACGUUUAAACAAGAAAAAUAUUCAUCAGUCAGUACAAAACAAACAACUAACAAUGAUUUUAUCGAAUCUUUAGAAACGAACCAACAGUCAUCGUCAAAUUUGGCAUCGCAAGUAAUUACUGACCAAACGGUAUCUACUUCUCCCACUAAUACUGCUUCAUCACCAUCUUCAACUACAAUUAUUUCCAUAACAUCACCAUCUGAAAAAGUGAAAAAACCAUCAUCAGAAGACGAUGAUCAAGCCAUUUUAACUAUGCCCUAUUGUACAAUAGGAGUUUUAUUAGUAAUGGCAACUGUUUGGAUAUUAUUAAUUUGGAAAUUUCCUAAAGUGAUGGUCAAAGUUUUACAAAUGUUGUUUUGUAUUAGUGGUAUAGUUUCAUUGAUGUCUUGUUUAAAACGUUUCAGUUAUAUAAGACGUUUUAGGUUUAUUUUAAGACGUUUUAAAAUUCAGUCUUGUCAAAUUAAAAAACCAUGUAAAUUUCAAAUUGAUUCAAUUAAUUAUUUUUCAAUAUUUUCACUUUUAUUGAGUUUAAUAUUGGUGAUCCUCUGGUAUAUUUAUCGAAAACAAGAAUGGUCAUGGGUAUUACAAGAUAUAAUUGGUGUUGCAUUAUGUAUUGUUGUUCUAUCUAUUUAUCGUUUAGCAAAUAUGAAAGUGAUUACAUUGAUUUUGUUACUAUUUUUUUUCUAUGAUAUAUUUUUUGUAUUUAUUACACCUUAUAUUCCAUUUUUCUCUGACUCACCUAAAACUACGACGACAACAUUAUUAUCAACACAAACAACAAUUAGUACAACACAUACUAAUCUAACUACAACAUUAACAACUACAUUAUCACCAUAUUAUGUACCAACAGCACAACCAGACAAAAAACAUAAUCCAAGUAUUAUGGAACAAGUUGCACUUGGACUUGGAAGUGGAGAAGAAGUUGUACCAAUAUUAUUUAGUGUGCCAAAAAUAGCAAAAAAUCUUGAUCCAUGUAUAAAAAGUUUUGAUCAAAAAGUUGGCUUUGGUGAUAUUAUUUUGCCAGGAAUUUUAAUAACGUAUUGUAAAUUAUUCGAUAUAGCGAGCAAGAAUCGUAUUCAUGUUUAUUAUAUACAAUCAAUGAUUGCCUAUUCUGUCGGAUAUAUAUUUGUCAUUAUCGCCUUGACUUUUAUGAAUAUGGCACAACCAGCUCUUCUCUAUCUUGUUCCAUGUUCUCUAUUAUCAACAAUUGUUACCGGUCUCAUUCGUCAUGAAUUUAAAGAAUUAUAUUCAGGACAAAGAAUUAAACAAAUAUUCAAAGAAAUGGAGAAUGACGAUCAAGUAUCGAUUUGUUCUAAAACUGAAAAUCAAACAACAAAUGAUGAAAAUGGUCUAAUAACUUCUACUACGAGAUAA